AUGGCGGAACACGCGAUGGUUGAGUUGGAGCACGCAGCUCAAAUAGUUUUGGCUCCACCAGAUGUUGUCACACCAGAACAAAGACAAGGUGCCGAAAAAAUAAUUUUAAAUUUCAGAAAAUCCAAACUGCCUUAUUCCAUAUGCAAGUAUAUUUUAGAAAAUUGCAAGUGUGACUACGUUUUAUUUCAAGCAGCCACCACAAUCAAAGAAAGUGUUGUCCGUGAGUGGCUUUUGCUUUCAUCUGAAGACAUAGAAUCUCUAAGAUCAUUCCUUCUUCAUUUUAUUACUCAGCAUGUCAGCCUUCAAAGCUAUGUAAGGGAACAAAUUCUUCAAACAGUGGCUGUUAUUUUAAAGAGAGGCACAAUUGAUGAAAAAGGUGCUAGCCGAGAGUCCCUGUUUCAAGAUGUGACACGUCUCGUAAUUGGUAAUGAAGAGGUGCCAGAGGAUGAGGAAAUAGAUGAACUUGAAGAAGAUGAUAGGGAUAAAUUCAAUGAUCAACUUUGCAGUAUUGGUUCUCUGGGACGCCUAGUACCAGAUCACACAGUACCAUUGUUAGCCAAAUUACUGGAAGAUAGAGUAAAUCAAUUUAAUAAUCAGCUUCAACAUCGGCAACAGCAAAGAGCCUCGCAGCAUAUUAAUAGUCCCAAGUUGUCUAUAGAUGAUUCUAACUUAAAAGUGCUACAUGAAGAUUUUCAUUGGUUGAUUCUUUUGGCAGGGCAUCUGUUAACUGAAGAAGCUGAAGGAGAAGCUCCUUUGAUUCCAUCAGAUAUUAUGGAAUACUCUAUUUCUCAAGGACAUUCCGUAAAUCUUGAAGCAACAUUAAGAGUUUUAGGAACCCCAUCUGAGAGGCUUGAAAAUAUUCCUGGCAGUGAACAGGGGAUAGAUAAUGUGGUUAGGUUGAUCUCUGCAGUAUUAAGAGUUUGUGAUGUUCACAGACGUGCCAUUGAAGCUCGUUUGGCCGAUUGUCUCAGUCCUCAAGUUGGCAGUACAAUUAUGUGGUUCUUACAACGAUGGACUGUAUCCUACUUGGUCCCUGAUGAAAGUUACUAUAACCAGAUAAGUAUGGCUAUAGCAUCUGCUUUUGGUCGUGAUACAGCAGCAGCUCAGUGGACUGUAGACUUUCUGCUUGGAAAGAUCAAUUCUAACUUAUCAGUCUGGAGUGCUGAAGAACAAUUAAUGAAUGAUUCUUUGCAAUUGUUUGUUGCACUUGUUGAAAAUAAACCAAGAUGUGAUCUUGUGGUGAAAUGCAAACACUUGUGGGACCUUGCCAAACUUGAAGCUAGCAACCAACCACCAUUAAUAAUGCUGUCACCAACAUGUAAACGGUAUCUUUUGAAAGGACUUGUGUUAGCAGGCACAGCGUCUAUGGAUUCUCCACAGAAAGACGAAUAUUGGAAAUAUGUUCUGCAAUCUCUUCAUGAUCGUUUUUAUCAAACUGUUUCACAUGCAGACUUUGGCAAAGUUUGCCACACGGCUGGUGUCAAGUCAGACAUUCUCAACCUUCUUGAGUCCAUGUGUGGUGUUGCACUAGCUUCUCGUGUUGAUAUUGUUCAUCAUCUGUUCAAUUUCCUACACCCAUUAUUGGUGGAAUGUGUAAAGAUUUUAGCUUCCUGCUGGAAUGGGAGAUGUUUCUUCAAGAUGCCAGACUUGGUUACAUGCAAUUUAUACCACAAUUAUGAAGAUGUGGUUCCACUUGUUCUUGAAUUAUUUUCUGAAGUUAUCCAACGGCAACUUUGUUACCUUAAUGAAGCAGAUUCCCAGAAGAUCUAUGAACUCUCUCUGUCUGUUAUACAAACUUAUUCAAGGCAUAAUAUUGCUCGGAGGAUAGCUGAAAUAAAUGAUGAUGAGGAGGAUAAAUGCUAUGACCUCCUCUUGCUGAUGGAACUGCUAACACAUCUCUUGUCUAAGGAUUUCAUAGAUUUCAGUGGACCCGAUGGAGAAAGUUCUCAAUCACCAGCAUCACAUGUCUCAGCAGCAGCAGUUGUCCUUUUCCCUACAUUGUGUACACAGUAUUUUAAACUUGUCUCUUUCCUGGGUGAAUGCCACCCAGAGAAAUUCUGUCUUCUACCUUCCGAUCUGUUCAAAGCAUUCAUGGGUUCUGUACAACUUGGACUGACAGCCUAUGGCCCAGACAUCACCAAACUGUGCCUUGAGAUAGUUUCCGCUUUGGCAUCUCAUGUAGUCUGCAAUGAUCUGAAGGGAUCUCAGCUUUAUAUGGCCAUGGAGCUGUUUCUUAAGGUUGUGUUCCGACUGCUGUUGCUUGAGAGCUUUGAUAUGGAUCUCUUAGAAACAGCCAGCACUACUUUAUUCUGCCUUAUCUGCUGUCAUCAGGAGAAGUAUCGCCAUCUGGUGACUGAAUUGUUAUAUAGCCAGGAGGAACAAGAGUACAAAGAGAGAUUACUUGAGGCUUUUAAUCAGCUGACACCUUCAUCUUUGAAACUUGUCAUCACCAGACAAAACAAAGUUGCCUUUUUGCAAAACUUUGAACAAUUCUUAAUCAAUGCUCGAGGCAUUUUGUGCGUGAAAUGA